AAAAAGGAGACAUUGGGUUGGGUGAGUAUAUUUUUCAUUUUCAUAUAUACAAAUACAAAUAAAUUUUUCAUUUGUUUUCCUUGUUCCAAAACCAAAAUCCUUUUUCCUCUGGUUAUUAUUUCGUUCCCAGAAGAAUAAGACAGUGAAAUUAAGAAGAAGAAGAAGAAGAAGAAGAAGAAGAAGAAUGGGGGAAGGAAGAGAAGGUGAUUGGGAGUGCAGUGGUUGCAACAACAGAAACUACGCUUUCAGAUCAUUCUGCAAUCGAUGCAAACAACCACGUCUUCUUGUUGAUACCAAAACCCCUGCUGAUUCCAAAUGGCUUCCUCGUAUUGGUGAUUGGAUCUGCACCGGUUGCACUAACAACAAUUAUGCAUCAAGAGAGAAGUGCAAGAAAUGCGGACAACCAAAGGAGGUAGCGGCCAUGCCAGCAAUUGCUAUGACAGGAGCAUCUUUCUCUGCUUAUCCACAUUAUUUUUCCAGGGUUCCGGGAGGACCAGAGCAAAGGAUGAAUAUUGGAUUGAUUGGAAACGGUGGGCCACCACAGUCGCUGAAUUUGAAUUAUAACUGGCCUGUUACUGGAGCACAAAAGUUUGGUCUCCAGUCAGUUUCCCUUUGGCCACCAGGUGUAAAUUAUAGUUCUGGACAUCCAUAUGAAAAUUCCUCUAGUCAGAACCCAAAUGGGUGGCGCAAUGGGGACUGGGUCUGUAACUGUGGCUUCCACAAUUACUCCUCACGCGCACAAUGUAAAAAAUGCAAUGCUUCUCCACCAGGUAUUGCUUCCUUCCUUGGUGUGGAUUCACUUGGCACAAAACGGUUAGCUUCUGAAGAAUUGGGUUAUGACUGGGAUAACAAGAGAUUGAACGUAGGAUCUACGAAUGAUCAGCAGCAAGCAGUAGGGACCAGUGCAGAACCAAGACCUGCACUCUUUCCUGCUUAUACCGGCAUUAACUCUAGUUCAGCACCAAGUUUGCCAAUGCCCCCACUCUUUCCAAUUCCACCUCAAGUUUCUUCUACUGCACUCCUUGGAAAAGGAGCUAAGCAAUGGCGAAGUGGUGAUUGGAUGUGCACAAAUUGCAACAAUCAUAAUUAUGCGUCCAGACUAGAGUGUAACAGGUGUAAAACGCUUAGAGUGGCACCCAUGCAACCCGUCAAUGUUGUGUAAUGUUGAAUUCAUUGGUUGUAUUUUUGUUGCUUGCCCUAGUUUUGAUGAGUUUUGUUUUUAAUUUAUAGCAUGUACUUUGCCAGCAAAACGAUGAUAUUCAUGACAGGCUCAUUGUAUUCACAUAAGACAUAAAUGACAGUGUAUCUUUCAGUUUCCGAAAGCUGUAUGCUUAUUAUAAAUACUCUGAAAUUUAGAUGAUUUUGGGGAGUUGUGAUUAUUCUGUUCA